AUGCCAAUCAAUAAUAAUAAUAAUGAUGAAUUAAAACAAAAUUAUGAAAAAUAUUGGAUUAUUAAUAAACAAGAUUCUAAUAAUUAUACAUUACCACAAUAUAAUCAAUAUGAACAACAUAUAAGUAAUAGUAAUAGUACACUGAUCAAUACUAAUCUUGAUUAUUUACAACAAUCUCAUCAUAGUAACAAUAAUAAUAAUAAUAAUGAUCCAUUGAAUUUAUGUAAAACGAUGAUGAAUGGUGAAGAUUUAAAAAAUAAAUCAAUAUUACCAAUGAAUAUAUCAACAAUAGAUAUGAUAAAUAAUACGAAUAAUGUUACCAUGGCAACAGAUACGAUUAAUAGUAUCAUGAAUAAUAAUAAUAAUCAUAAAAUUGAUCCUAAUUAUUUUACACAAUCGUUAAAAUUAAAAAAAUCAGAGAAAUUCGAUAAUUCAAUGAAUUUAUUGAAUGCAUCAAUGAAUGAUGAUAAUAAACACGAUCAUAAUUCAAACGAAAUAAAUCAAUUAAAAACUGCUAGAAGUUUCGAAUAUAUUGUAAUACCACAUAAUAAUAAUAACAAUAAUAAUAAUAAUCAGUCAUUAUCUCCUUUAUCAUCAAACAAAGAUCAUGACAAACCUCAAGAACAACAACAUCAAGUUUCAUGGACUUCUAAUAUUCAAACAAGUAUUCCAUCAAGUAAAUCAACAACAAUUUUAUCACCACAAUAUACAAUUCAACAUAAUAUAGGUCAUUGUCUUUCAGAUAAUCAAUCUUUUAUGAUUACUUCUACACCUUGUAUUACUUCUACAUCUUCUACACUUUCUAUUACUUCGACUACUUCCACUGAUACUACUAGUACUCAUACUACUCAUACUACUAAUACUACUACUACUACUACUACUACAUCAUCAAACUUUUCUGAUUAUACUAUUAUUAACCAAUAUCCUAAUACAUUACAAACAUUUAAUAAACAAUCUAAUCAUAAUGAUAAUUUAUCUGUAUUCUAUUUAAAUCAUUCAACAAAUAUUAUUGAUCAUUAUAAUCAAUCUUUAUUAUUAAAUCAAUUUAAUCAUAAACAAAUCAAUAAAUCAAUAGAGAAUUGUAAUCAAUCAAUAACACCAAUUAAUUUAAUUGAUUUUAUUGAUAAACAAUUAAAUGAUAAAAAAUCUUUUAAAUAUGAUAUAAUAAUAGAUAAUUCAAUAAUAAAUGAUUCUAAGGAUUCAAUAGAUAAUAAUAAUGCUAAUACAGUUAUGUAUAUGAUAAACAAUCAACAACAACAACAACAAUCGAAUUCUUUACAUUAUGAUUCAAAUCACGAUAAUAUUUCAUCAAUUUCAACUGAUUUUGUUUAAAGAAAUUCGUUCAAUUAUUGAUUUUUUUGUUUGUUUGUUUCUUUUCUUUUCUUCUUUUCUUUUCUUUUCUUAUAGACGAUCACAAUAAACAAUUGUACAUUUUUGUUUUGAUAAAAUAACUCAUUUCAUUAGAUUAUAUAAUAACAUUACUAAUAAUAGAUUUGAAUUGUUUAGUGUUUUUUUCUAGGGGGGGGGGAGGAGGGCGAGUUAGUUUUCUACGGCGGGGAUGAGGAAGGUCGCUAACCUCAUUCACAACCCUCCUUCUUUAUCCGGGCUUGAAACCGGCCAGCAGUGACUUGAGAAAACCUAUAGGCAGAGUUAAAACUAAGCCGCGCAGAGAGUUAAACACCGGGCCGCCUGGCUGAGAGCCAGGAAUCCUAACCGUUAGACGUAAAGAUGUGAACUGGGAAAACAAGGACAGCAUUCUUACAAUUAAAGAACAUAUGUAACUCAAUACAGCUUUCAACCAAUAACAAAGUCACAAUCUUCAAUACUAACGUCAGUUCUAACGACAGUUCUACUGUAUAAAGCAGAAACUUAGAGAAUUACCACAACAAUUAUCAAGAAUGUACAAGUAUUAAUGAACAAUUGUCCACGUAAGAUAUUCAUUGUUCGUUGAUCGGAUACCAUCAGCAACAGCCUACUGUGGGAGAGAAUAAACCAACUUUCAGCUGAAGAAGAUAUUUGGAAAAGACGUUGAAAAUGAAUAGUACGUACAUUACUGAAAUCACCAAACUGCAUCACGAGGCAAGCGCUUAGUUGGAAUCCUGAAGGAAAGAGGAAAAUAGAAAGGCCAAAGAACACAUUACGUUGGGAAAUAGAAUCAGAUAUAAAAAGGAUGAAUAACAAUUGGAAAGAGUUGGAAAGGAUUGUCCAGGACAGAGUUGGAUGGAGUAUGCUGGUGAGCUGUCUAUGCUCCUGCACGAGGGUUGACAGACAUAAGUAAAGUAAGUAAGUUACUUUAACGAAUCAUUAAAAAGCUUGAGAAUAUUUAAUUUGUAACAAUCCUAACAACAUAACUCAUUACUAC